AUGCAUUCUUCAGAUUUUGGAGCCGAGGAGUGCAUCCGCGCGUUGUAUAUGGCCCUCUAUAAUGAACAAGAGGAUUCCGUUUGCCUUCUUCUCAAAGCAGCGGAUGAUUCCCAUAUAGAUAUAUGGGUCAAAGACUACGAUAGUCUUCUGGGUACCGCUAUCUCCGAGAGGCAUAUGGGGGUACUACGCCUUCUACUCAUCACUGGAGCCCGUUUACCUGUUAAUUGUACUCACCAUUGGAACUACAGAAGAUUCCUAGCUGAAGCUUGUGAGAGCGGGGAUAUGAAAGUACUGGAAACUUUGAUUGGUUCCGGGGCCAACAUCAACGAAAGUUUUGAAUAUAUAGGACACGCCAGUGCUCUCAGUGUUGCGGCGUAUAAUGGCCAGACAAAUGCAGUCCGCUUGUUACUCGAUUCCGGUGCCGAUCCAAAUCUCUCUUCUUUCAUGAUUGCUGGUCGUUUUGGAAGCCCCCUCGCUGCAGCAUGCUGGCAUGAAAGCGGAGAUGCUAUCGUUGACCUCUUGCUUCGUGCAGGGGCUAAUUCGAAUUUCGAAUUGUCUUAUGGCAGUUUCUCUGAUGCCUUUCCGCCGCUCUAUACUUCGAGCAUCCCGGUGCCAUCACGCGUUUGUUGA